AUGUUCCCAUCUUUGUCUCCGUCCCGCCGCAGGCCGGGGCAGGCACCCGGGCAGGCUGGCCCGGGCCGCGCUGGCUGCCAGCAGGAUCCCGUGCCAGAGCAGCCCCGCUCGGGCGGGCAGCGCUCCUUCCCCAGCAGCGCGGCCGCUCCCCCGCUUCACCGCGACACAAACCGGCCUCCUCCACGCGCACCCCUGGCGAUGCCCCCGUGCCUCCGUGCCCCGGUGGCGGAUCCUCCUUCCCGACUUUGCUCUGGGCGUCCCAAAGCCCCUGGUAAAGGAGAAGGAGCGCUGCAUCUCGCAGAGCCGCGCAAGCCCCGCGCCUCGCCCCGGGCCGCACGGCCCGAGGCCGCGCCGCCGCUGGAGGGCAGAGCGCGGAGGGGCGGCGAGCGAGGGGCGGGCUCUGCCGGGCCGCGUCCCGGCGUGUGA